AUGGCAUUUUCCAAGCAAGUCCUGUCCACGGAGUGGAGAUUCAAGGACCGAGACGAUGAGACAGUGGAUGCAUGGAUGCCCGUGCAAACAGUCCCUUCCACUGUGCAGCAGGAUCUAAUUGCAAACGAAAAGCUCGAGGAUCCCCACAUAGGCCUUAAUGAGCUCAAGGCGCGCUGGGUCAACAAGAAGGCAUGGGUCUAUCGACACGUUUUUCAGCGACCGGAAACACCUGCUGGCGCGAUGAUCGCGCUGGUAUUCGAUGGCCUGGACACGUUUGCCUCUGUCAAGCUCAACGGUGAAGCAAUCCUUGAGUCUAGCAAUAUGUUCCUAGGCUACCGUGUGGAUAUAACCAAGGCCAUGGAGUCAUCCAACAGCACAAACGUUCUAGAGAUCGAGUUCGAUUGCGCCGAGACCAAAGCGACCGAGCUACGCAAAAAAGACCCGAAUCAUAAAUGGGUCGGCCUUUUCGGAGAUCCGGCGCGCUUGGGCGUGCGCAAGGCUCAAUACCAUUGGGGUUGGGAUUGGGGACCAGUUAUCAUGACAGCUGGUAUCUGGCGUGAGGUACGAUUGGAAGUCUACUCUGCACGAGUGGAGGAUCUAUGGCCGCAGACAAAUCUCGCUCCUGACCAUAAAACUGCUACUGUUACGGCGGUUGCGAAAAUCGACGCGGUUCGUUCGGAACGCCAUAUCGCUCGCUUCCAUUUGACCCUACGUGGACACGAAAUCGCGAGCCAGGAUAUCCCCGUAAGCGAUGAUAAAAGUGCCAAAGCCACUUUUGAAGUCAACAAUCCCGAAUUGUGGUGGCCACAUGGCUAUGGCUCUCAGACCUUGUACGAAGUGUCCGUGUCACUCUUAUGCGAUGGAAACGAGCUGCACAAUGUGUCUAAGAAACUCGGCAUUCGGUCCGCCGAAGUCAUUCAGCAGCCGGAUAAGCAUGGGAAAUCAUUCUUUUUCCGAAUCAACGGAAUAGAUAUUUUCUGUGGAGGUUCCUGCUGGAUCCCUGCCGAUAACCUUCUCCCUAGCGUCAGUGCAGAGCGAUACCGAAAAUGGAUCGAGUUAAUGGUGGCGGGUGGCCAGGUGAUGACCAGAGUGUGGGGCGGCGGAAUCUACGAAGACGAUGCUUUCUAUGACGCUUGCGAUGACCUUGGCGUGCUAGUAUGGCAAGACUUUAUGUUCGGUUGCGGCAACUACCCAGUGUGGCCUGAGCUACUAGAGUCUGUACGACAGGAGACAGUCUUCAACAUUCGCCGAUUGAGACACCGUCCUUCAAUAGUGAUCUACGUUGGCAACAAUGAAGAUUAUCAAGUUCAGGAGGAGAAGGGGCUAACUUACAACUACGAAGACAAGGACCCGGACAGCUGGUUAAAGUCUGACUUCCCGGCACGCUACAUCUACGAAAAGCUACUACCAGAAGUGGUAUCGGAGUACUCCCCCAGUACUUUCUACCAUCCGGGAAGUCCGUGGGGCGAUGGAAAAGUCUCAAGCGACCCUACUGUGGGAGAUAUACAUCAAUGGAAUGUGUGGCAUGGAACGCAGGAGAAAUACCAGAUCUUUGACACCAUGGGAGGCCGCUUUAACAGCGAGUUUGGGAUGAUAGGCUUCCCGCAUAUGUCGACGAUCGAGUACUUCCUGGAAAACGAGAAAGAUAAGCACCCACAGUCCCAAGUUAUGGACUUCCAUAACAAGGCCGACGGCCACGAGAGGCGAUUGGCGACGUACCUAGUGGAGAACCUACGCAUGUCUACCGAUCUAGAGACAUACAUCUACCUCACACAGGUAAUCCAGGCAGAGACGAUGAUGUUCGGAUAUCGUGGAUGGCGCCGCCAAUGGGGUGAUGAUCGAAAAUGUGGUGGAGCGCUUCUAUGGCAGUUAAAUGACUGCUGGCCCACGAUCUCGUGGGCAAUUGUGGAUUACUUCUUACAGCCCAAACCCGCAUAUUACACAGUUAAGCGAGUGAUGCAGCCCGUAACGGUCAGCGUACAACGCGCACAUCAUGACUGGAGUGUGGUGCACGCAGAACCAGCCAAACAGAGCCCCUAUCAGGUGUGGGUUGCUAGCAGCCGACAGGCUGUGGUGCAUGGAACUGUCGAGCUACGAUUCUUAUCUGUGGAGACUGGUAAGGACCUUAGCGCCCCGGUGACCUUCGAGAACGUCACCAUUUCAGCCAAUGGUACUACCGACAUCACAAGUGGAAUCAUUGACCAUCUCACCGAGCCCGGGCCACACGUCCUGGCUGUGCGGCUAUGGAUAGAUGGCCAGGUUGUGUCCAGGGACGUUGACUGGCCACAGCCACUCAAGUACCUCGACUUCUUUGAUCGCGGACUGGAAGUGAAACCACAGCCAGGAGCUUCAGCCGGAAAGCAACUCCUAGUGAUCACCUCACAGAAGCCCGUGAAAUGUCUUGUCUUUGAGGAGCGGGCGAAUGUGCAGAUCAGCGACAGCGCUAUAGAUAUUGUUCCGGGCGAUGAGCAGGUGGUGGAGAUCAAGGGAUUAAGCGACAGUGACCCCCCGUUGGGUUAUCGUUAUUUAGGUCAGUAG